CUGUGGGAUCUAUCUAACGGGUCAGAGUGAUUCCUGUCAUGAAGCUGGCUGACUUCACACUUCACAUCCAGAACUGCCAGUAGAAUCGUGAGGCGCGGGUUCAAUGUGGGAAACCCUGGUUGCCGGGGUCCGUGCUCUUCAUGAACAAACAUGAACACGUGGAGCACGAACAACAUGAGGAUAGGAUGUCUCUAUCUCUUGGCUGUGCUUACCUUUUCUGUAGCAGAAAUGCUUCCGAUAUUCUUGGAAGAACCAGAAUCGGCUGUGAUACCAAAUAUGGCGUCUGUGACGUUACCGUGUAAAGUAACGCCAUCUAGUAGUAGAGUGAGAUGGCGAUUCAAUAUGGAAUUUAUAGAACCAGGAGAUAAUGACCGGCAGGGAUUUACGAUUAUAGGAACAAACUUAUAUAUAGCAAAAUUCAAACAUCGGCGCGAAGGGAUUUAUGAGUGUAUCGCUGAAACUCCUCAUGGAUCUGUGACUAGCAGACCAGCACAGUUGACGAAAGCAGUAUUAAGACAUUUUGGACCUAGAACAGAUUUAUCACUCAACACAACAGAAGGACAUGAUGUUGUGUUGCCAUGCCUACCACCAGAGAGUCGUCCUGCAGCAAAUAUUAUAUUUGAAUUCAAUGGAACAAUAAUUUCAGGAUCAUCAGAUCAUCAUCGGAUUUUAUCAUCAGGGGGAUUACAAAUCACCAAUGCAUCCAAAUCGGAUCAGGGCCAGUAUCGUUGUAUUGCCAUCAACCCAUUGACCAAUCGAAACAGAACCGCAGAUUAUGUAAUCAACCUUAGUGUCAAAACUUCAUCUACAGGUAAGUCUCCGGGUAAUCUUAAUCAAAUCUGUCGGCCUAUCACAGUGAAAACCCAGAUUGGUGAAAAUGUUACUCUAGAAUGUGUCGGACAGGGGAUGCCUCAGCCCACCAUUGUUUGGGAACCGUACGGAGGCGAGUUGCCAGCUACACGCCACAAAAUGGAAAAAGGACAUCUGUUUAUAUGGAAUGUACAACAUGAGGACAUGGGUACUUAUGCUUGUGAGGCCAACAAUGGAAUUGGAAUGGAGAAACAUAAAGCCAUUAUGCUUGAAGUCCUCGAGCCACCGAAGGUUCAGGCUGAAACACAGUUCAUUACGAUCAACCCUAGCGAGUCGGUUCGACUACGCUGUGAAAUCACAGGCUCCCCAGAAAUGCAAGUGAUAUGGUACCAUAAUGCUGUACCUAUAGGAAAGGUGUUGACAGCUAAAAAUGGAGCUACAACUCACACCAUCAAACACAUCAAGCCAGAAGAUGGUGGCCUUUAUCAAUGUAUGUGUAGUAAUGAAAUUGGCGUAGCCUACGCCGUCAUUCAUGUAGAGGUCAAAGGUCAAUCUGAACCUAGCACUGACGGUGAUGGUGAUAAAACAGCGAUGUCACCGUCAGAUGGAGAAAAUGUCGGUUCAAAUCCUAACAGAUGGAAAGGUAAUAGAAGGAAUAAAAAACGAAGAAGGAAUCGAAAAAAGAAUAGGAAACCAAGCCGACGCCCACCAAAUGAUGAGAGUGCUGCUAAGGACAGACUAGUUCCCCCAACUGCUCCAGAUGUCAGCCAACUGUCCGAUAAAUCAGUCAAGCUCAACUGGUCGGUCCCAGAAAAUGACGGACUACAAAUUGUAUUUUUCCGAGUCCAGUAUAAAAUCAUUAAACCCAAGAAGGGUCAAUGGAAGACAGAAGAUGAGGAAAUUCCAGGAGACAAACGAAUGUAUGAAGUGUCUAACUUAAAGCCAGAAGCUCAGUACAAGUUUCGUAUUGCGGCCGUUUACUCAAAUAAUGAUAACACUGCGGGUCCUAACUCCAAGAAAUUUACUCUGAUGGUGAAGAAGUUCACACAGCCACAAGCUCCCGAGGGAAGACCCACGAUAGUCAAGGUGGAACCGGUAGAGUAUGAACGGGACCAGGAAACUAUUAACAGUGUCCAGGAGUAUGGACUCAAUGUCCGAUGGAAGUAUAUGCCAGUGAAGACUUCCCAAAUUGAAGGCUUUUUUCUCUAUUAUAAGCCAUUCAGUUCCCAAAACGAAUACGAAUCUGUACAAAUGAUGGAGCCGACUGCUCGAACGUAUCUCCUCUCUCCUCUUCAACCCAAUACUGAGUAUUCUAUCAAAAUUCAGAGCUUCAAUGCUGCAGGAAAUAGUGACUUCAGCAACAUAGUAGUUAAACGGACAUUAGGUGGUAAAGGAAUUAUGAUCUUCCCGCCCCCAACAGCUGCUCAGCCUAGCUCGGAAGUGGACGGUCCUAUACCCACCAACACCAAAUCCAGUAGUGAAAUGUUGUAUAUGAUUCUGGGUAUUGUGCUAGGAGUUAUGAUGUUAUUUCUUAUUGUGUUCAUGUUCAUGUGCUGGUGGAAACAACGACAGCAGCGGAGGAUGAUGGAUGCCAUGAACGAUCACAUGCGUGUAAGUAAAUUUCAAGAUUCCGCUCAGCGAAUUCAUGCAGACAGUUUACGGAAAAAGUAUUCUGGUGUGAAUGGACUAAAUGGCUCAGUGGCCAAUGGGCAUGUGCCGAAUUCUUACACCAAAAUGAACAUAAGUGUGAAUCCGCUGACAGAUGUGGACCCCCAUACAUUUAGUAACGGGUACGGUGGUCACGGAGUGUCAACAACUUAUCAGCCGCCAAACAGUUUUAUGCCCAAUGGGACAAUACCUAACCACCCUGGUGGUAGUGACAAUAAUUUCAAUAAAAUAAACAGGGGUAUGGAACAUGCUGAUAACUGUCUACAGCAGUCUGGGUCCCUAGGGGAUGAAGGAUGUCCCCUACAAAGUCCUGAUUCUUUAGGGGGUGGAGAAGCGCCUGCCUGUCCACCCUCUCCUCAUUCUAGUAAUGUACCAAGCUGUUUUGACCAAUUUCAUUCGGAUUCGCCUGGGAGAUAUUCAAAUUCAAAUCGAUCAUGUGACCAGCUGGCUAGGUCAUGUGAUCAACUUCAAGGUGAAGGUAUUGUGCGGAACUCUUAUGACAGUUCAACUGUGAAUAGUGUCGAUGGAGAAAGUGUAGGGAAACAAAAACGUCGGCGACGAAGAGCACAGGUGCGAGAACAGACAACUCGAGACCAGGCGACAAACACAGACCUUAGCAGCAAUGAAGGAACAAUAGAAUUUUCCACGUUCAAUAAAGGGCCGAGUGAUUGUCACAGUCCAAAUCACAGUAAUGGGGGUGACUGUUCACCCGUACGGACUUAUAUUACUGACCGUGCUGCACAUCUUGACUGCCCGGAUAGAUGUGAAGGUGUCUGACACAAAUUUCUCAUCAUGUGAAAUGGACACAGCUGAUUGAUUUGUUUGUCAAUUUCGUAUCAAAACAACUUUUUACGAUGCCACCUCACCUCAAGUUAUCAUGUUGUCUAAUGUGUGGCAUUUAAGUAUGUGUUAAUUAUUAUAACAAAAUAACGAGAAUUUUUUUUUUCUGUUGAAUUUGAGCCAGAAUUGAGAUGAAACUGGCUUUAGUGUACUCACGAUUAAAUUAACUUCAACUCCCGACUAUUUUAUGAGACAUGGUGUGGAUCCAUGAAGACUAAAUUGCCUACAGUAAAUGGAAGAUGGAGUUGAAUAUUGAACAAAAUACUCAGGAUUUUUGUUGUUACAAGAGAAUUUUCAUGUGUGUCUUGAUACGACAGAUUAUAAUGUCUGGGAGAAACUGCCAAAGGAUUUUACUUCUCUUAGCUCUAAAAAUAGCUUCAAGUACUUGUGAUAUUUUAUGAAAACAGCAGUGUGUAAUGGUAAUUCAGAAAAAAAAAAACUAACUUUUAAGUUCACUUGGUGUACUAGACAAAAUUAUACAUCUCUAACUUUUUAUGACAUUUAUAAGAGUUAUUCCCCUUCGAUUAUAUCAGCAGAAGCAAGUUACAAGAGUUACUUCCCUUUGGAGUAUCUAUAAGGGAUAAUUAACUAUAGAUACAGGUAUUAAAAGAAAA